AUGGGUGACAAUUAUUAUAUUGUUAAAUGCUAUUUUGAUUAAUUUUUCUUGUUAUCUGAUUUACUUGCGUGCAUUGUUAGAUAGUUAUUAAUUUGAGAAAUGUUGUAGAAAUAGGGGAAACUAUGGCCAAUUUUUUUUAGGAUUCUUAAACGAACAUGUGUUUUAAUAUUUAAUUACUAAGUGUGCUUUAAAUUUUUCUAGCAACUUGUAAGUUUUUUAUUUCAAUCUUGUUUGUUAGGAAUUUUAUUUUUAUUUUUAAAAUGGAUAAGUCAUGGAUGGAAGAGAAGAGAGAAACCCCACAAUUCGUAGAAGGAUUUAAUAACUUUUUAGAGUUUGCCCUAAAGAAUUGUAGCGAUCCUGAAAAAAUUCGCUGUCCUUGUGUCGAUUGUGGUAAUAUAUCAAAAGGAAAUAUUACCAUGUUAAAGAAUCAUGUAUUUUGUCGUGGAAUCGAUAAAAGUUAUACUAAAUGGUAUUGGCAUGGGGAAUCGAUGAAGGGAGACCCAUAUCCGUUAGGUAGGCGAGGGGUCGAUGAUCAUUUUGAAAGUAAUGAUUGUGAUGAUCAUCCUACAGAAUUGCUUGAUGAUGCUCAAGAAGAGUUUAUUCAUGAUCCUGAAAAAUUUGAUAGCAUGGUUAGAGAUGCAGAUAAGUCGUUAUUUAGUGGUUGUGAAAAACGCCGACUAUCAACUAUGGUGAAAUUUUAUAACAUAAAGGCGGAGAAUGGAGUAAGUGAUAAGUGUUUUAGUCAAUUUCUAUCUGCUUUUAAAGAGAUCCUGCCGAUGGAAAAUUGCUUUCCAGAGUCGACAUAUGAGGUGAAGAAAACUUUAAGUUCGAUAGGGUUGAAGUAUGAGAAGAUUCAUGCAUGUCCAAAUGAUUGCAUUUUAUAUCGUAAAGAGCAUGCCCACAUGGACACUUGUCCGGAAUGUGGUUUGCCACGGUACAAGCCGAACAAGAGUAAGGAGAUCCGAAAACUUAUUCCAGAGAAAGUCUUGUGGUACAUGCCUUUAAUUCCGCGACUGAAGCGGUUCUAUCGAAGUGCAGAAACUGCUGAAAACUUAUUAUGGCACGAGAAAAGGCGAGUGAAAGACGGUAAACUCCGACAUCCUGCUGAUUCACAGGCUUGGAAAAAAGUAAAUUAUUUGAAUCCAGACUUCGCAGCUGAACCAAGACAUCUACGGCUUGGUCUAUCAGCCGAUGGAGUAAAUCCACAUAGAUCUCUUAGCAGCCGACAUAGUUCAUGGCCUGUGUUUCUUGUUAUGUACAACCUUCCUCCUUGGUUGGUGAUGAAAAGGAAAUUUACGAUGUUAUCGCUAAUGAUUUCAGGGCCUAAACAGCCGGGACAUGAUAUCGAUGUUUAUUUGGCACCAUUAGUUGAUGACUUGAAAGAGUUGUACGAAGAUGGUGUUGAUGCAUACGAUGGUUUUAAGAAAGAAGUUUUUAAGUUGAAGGCUGUGCUGUUGUGGACUGUUAGUGAUUUCCCUGCGUAUAGUAAUCUAUCAGGGUUGAGCACAAAAGGCUAUGAAGGUUGUCCUAUUUGUUGUACCAAUACACGAGCUCGUCGGUUGUCAAAUGGACGCAAAAUGUGUUACAUGGGCCAUAGACGAUAUUUGCCCCUAAGUCACCCUGACAGAAAUAAAAAACAAGCAUUUGACGGUACUGUAGAACGAGAAGUUGCACCUUUGCCACUUUCAGGGCGACAAAUUCUUGAAGAAGUUGAGAAAAUAGAUUUCAAGUAUGGAAAGGGCAAGAAAAAGAGAAACCCCAAUGGAUGUUUUCAAAGAAAAUCGAUUUUCUUCCGUCUUCCAUACUGGAAAGAUUUACUUGUUAGACAUUGUUUGGAUGUCAUGCACAUAGAAAAGAAUGUGUGUGAAAGCAUUGUCGGUACGUUACUUGACAUCCCUGGUAAAAGUAAAGAUGGUUUGUCUAGUCGUUUAGACCUUGUUGAGUUGGGUAUAAGACACAGUUUGGCACCUGUGGAUAAAGGCAAACGUACAUAUUUACCUCCUGCAGCUUUCACAUUGUCUAAAGAAGAGAAACAAGCCGUAUGCAACUCAUUUGCAAAGAUGAAAGUGCCUGAUGGGUAUUCAUCUAACGUUCGAAACUUAGUGUGUAUGGAAGAAUUAAAGUUAAUGGGUAUGAAAUCGCAUGAUUGUCACACGUUAAUGCAACAAUUACUUCCAAUUGCCAUUCGAUCAGUCUUACCUAAAAAAGUUCGACAAACUUUGACAAAGGUUUGCAUAUUCUUUAAUCAAUUGUGUGGGAAAGAAUUAGAAAUGAAGAAAUUGAAUUCAUUGCAUGAUGACAUAGUUAAAACUCUAUGCAAUCUUGAAAAAUAUUUCCCUCCAUCAUUCUUUGACAUCAUGAUACAUUUGAUGGUCCAUCUAGUAAGAGAAGCGAAGUUGUGUGGGCCAGUUUGGGCGAGAUGGAUGUAUCCAUUUGAACGAAAUAUGAAGGUAUUGAAAGGUUACGUGCGUAAUCACAAUCGGCCUGAAGCUUGUAUGGUUGAGUGUUAUAUAUCAGAGGAGGCAGUGGAAUUUUGCACGGAGUACAUAGCAGGAGUUGAUGCAAUCGGACUUAGCAAGCCACGAAAUCAUUCAAACGGGGUUGAUAGAGGAUUACGAGGGAAAGGAUCAAUGGUGACUGUAUCUAGAUCGGAAUUGGAUCAAGCUCAUUUGCUUGUGCUUGAGAAUAACCCUGAAGUCCAACCAUAUAUAACUGAUCACUUGGAAUUAUUACAAUCAAUGAUUCCAACUAAGGUCAAGAAUAAACAGAGAUGGGUACUAGAGGAGCAUCGUAAAACAUUUAUUGGAUGGUUAAAGAAUACCAUUCUAGCUAUUGAUCAUGGUGUGUCGAAAGAGUUAGAAUACAUAUCGUUUGGACCAGAUACUCAAGUAGUAAAGCAUCAUGCUUACAUUGUGGGGGGGAAAAGAUUUCAUACAAAGGAAAGAGAUGAUGCUCGAACGGUUCAAAAUAGUGGAGUAAGUAUUGUUGCAGAAGCAAUGCAUUUUGCAUCAACAAAGGACAGAAACCCGGUGCAAUCCACUAUGACAUAUUACGGGGUUGUUGAUGAAAUUUGGGAGCUUGAUUAUGGAUUGCUUCGAAUUCCACUUCUUAAAUGCUCUUGGGUGGAGAAUAAAGGCGGAGUUAGAACAGACGAACUUGGUUUCACUUUGGUUGAUUUAAGCAAAAGAGGUAGCAAGAACGAUCCUUUUAUCAUGGCUACCCAAGCGAAACAAGUAUUUUACAUAACUGAUCCCAUUGAUUCUAAAUGGUCAGUUGUUUUACGGACACCAGAGCGACAACAUUUAGAUAACGAAAAUGAAGAAGAAAAUGUUGAUUUAUGUCAUGAUAGUUUUGUUGAUCAUCAACGGAUACACGAACAAGUCGAUGAACUCAAUGAUACAUAUGAAGAUGAUGAUGAUGAAUACAUUAGAAGCGAUGUUAGUGAAGGGAUAUGGGUUGAUUGUGCAUCAUCUAAAAAGAAAAGAAAACGUGUUAAAUGAGUAGAUGACAAAGCAAAAGGAUGCAAAUAAGCCAAAAGGACGAGGCAGGACAAAAAAGAAUGACAUCAACAAUCUGAAAGCUCAAGGACGCAAGACAAAACUAGAGUGGAAUGAGAAAGGAGAACCUAUAGGAACAGCAUA